AUGGCGUUCUCUAGGGGUGACAAAGUGGAAGUUUGUAGCAAGCAAGAAGGCUUUGUGGGUUCCUACUAUGCAGCAACAGUGAUCAAGAAUUAUGAGAACAAAUACGCAGUGCAAUACAAGAACUUGGUGGCUGAAGAUGAUCAAUCUCGCCCACUCAUUGAAACAGUCAGUGAAAAUGAACUGAGGCCAAGGCCACCUAAAGUUUUGGCAACUGGGUUUCAUGCACUUGAUGUGGUGGAUGCAUUUGAUAACGAUGGUUGGUGGGUGGGCAAGAUUUCUGGGAGGAGAGGGUCCGAUAGUUACUAUGUUCUCUUUGAUGCUUACAGGGUUGAGAUUUCUUAUCCAACCUCUCGUUUGAGGCCUCAUCUUGAAUGGGUCAAUGGCAAGUGGGUUUCUUCAAAGUAAAGGGUGUAAUGAAAAACAUUG